AUGUUACAAAACAAACAAGGAUACUCUUAUUCGACUCGCAAGCACAGACCUGUUUCUCCACACCAUCAUCAUCACCAUCAACCAAUGAUCAUGACAGGUGCCCCACCCGCUUGGGCUUAUGUACCUUAUACAACAACAACGCCUAAUGGUGGAUAUGGACAUUGCUGUUGUCAACCUAACAACAUGGUGUAUAUGCUUCAACCCGUUGCAUUACCGCCACAGAGACCAUCCAGACAUCAUGACGAUCAUACUCCUCUCGUUUAUUUUACAAACAACAAGAAGCAUCCUUCUUCACCUCCAAGAAACGUUCACAACAGAUCUCCUCCUGCUUCACCUCCGCCACCAACCCCUGUUCCAAUUCAACGUCGACCUCCUCCUCAACAACAACGUGAAAGGUUUAUGCACCCCAACCUUCUUCGUCAACAGCAUAGCUAUUCCAAUAUGGCUUCACCUUAUUUACAACAUCACCACCAACAACCACCCAAACGACGACCAAGUCAAAAUACAGUGGCAAGUGCGAGGACAUCACCCCUAACAAGUAAUGGGGGCCAUAGUAGUAGUAAUAAUGACUUAUGGCAGCAACGACAACAACAACAACAACAACAACAACAACGGAAGGGUUCCGAGAAACAACAUCAUCAGCUAGGAAGAUCGGCAUCAUUGCCUACACGCAUCCAUACAACACACGAUUGUGACACAACACAUCAUGCAAACCAAAGAUCAAAUUUGGUUACUCGAGCAAAACGUUGGUUUUCAUUAUCACGGAAAUAA